AUGUUUUUUUACGGAAAGGCCCUGCGCAUGGCGCAGGCUCUUCUCAUUGUAGCCCCUGCCUUCAUCCUUUAUGGCUACAAUCAGUCCGGCCUGGGACCCCUGGCCACGUUGCCGGGUUGGGUCGAGGUCUUCCCCGAGAUCGAUACCAUCCACACCGAGGGCGGCCAGAAAGCCACCAACAGCACCGGAAAGGGUGCCGUCAUCGCCGCCUUCCAAUUAGGGGCGCUCGUCGGCUCCCUCUCCUGCACCUCGAUGGGCGACUGGCUCGGCCGCCGCAAGACCGUCUUCCUCGGCGCCAUCCUCACCAUCGUCGGCCAACUCCUCCAGACCGCCGCCUACAGCGUCGAGCAGUUCUCUGUCGGACGCGUCAUCCUCGGUAUUGGCGUCGGUCAGCUCUCGGUGGCGGUGCCGGUCUGGCAGUCGGAGAGCACCUCAGCCAAGCACCGCGGCCAGCAUGUCAUUGUCGACGGCAUCUGCAUCUGUCUUGGUUACGCCCUCUGCAACUGGAUUGACUUCGGCUGCAGCAAGAUUGCAGGACCCCUGGCCUGGCGCAUCCCGCUGGCCAUCUCCAUGGCCUUCUCCAUCGUCCUUGUCUGCGCCGUCUUCUUGCUGCCCGAGUCCCCCCGGUGGCUCGUCCGCGUCGGCCGCAUCGACGAGGCCACGGACUCACUUGCCGCCUACAAGGGCGCCGCGGCCGACGAUGAGGCCACGCGCGUGGAGAUCGCCGGCAUCCAGACCAGUCUCGAGGUGACGGCCGACUCGGCCCGCCUGAUGGACAUCUUCAAGCCCGGCAAGGCGGACGACGAGCGGCUCGCGUACCGGUUCUGCCUGUGCAUCGCGCUGCAGUUCUUCCAGCAGAUGUGCGGAGGCAACCUCAUCUCGACGUACGCGAGCACCAUCUUCGAGGAGAACCUGAACAUGUCGUCGGACCUGGCGCGGAUCCUGUCGUCGUGCGCCAUGACGUGGAAGUUCCUCUGCUCGUUCAUCUCGUUCGCCGUCAUCGACCGGCUGGGCCGGCGCAAGGUGUUCAUCAUUUCGGGCACGGGCAUGUGCGUUUGCAUGAUGGUGCUGUCCAUCACCAACAGCUUCGGCGAGGCGCGCGUCGCGUCCAUCAUCUCGGCCGUCUUCAUCUUCCUCUUCAACACCUUCUACCCGAUCGGCUUCCUGGGCGGUAACUUCCUGUACUGCACCGAGGUGGCGCCCGUGCGGCUGCGUGUGGCCAUGAGCGCCAUCUCGACGGCCAACCAUUGGCUGUGGAACUUUGUCGUCGUCAUGAUCACCCCCGUCGCGCUCGAGACCAUCGGCUACCAGUACUACAUCGUCUUCACCGUCAUCUCGGCCUGCAUUCCCAUCUCGGUGUACUUGUUCUUCCCUGAAACGAUGAACCGCAACCUGGAGGCGCUGAACCUCGUCUUCCGCGAGGCACCCACGCCGUGGCAGAUCGUCAACAUGGCGCGCCAUCUGCCGCAGGGCGAAGCCGCCGAGGUGGAUGCGUUCAUCAAGGCUGAGGGCAAGGGCAAUAUCGAGGAGAAGGAGACCAUGUAA